CGGCGCCGGUGGGCGGUGAGCGGUGGGGUGUGAUGCGGCACUGCGGUUCUGAGGCCGUUACUCCGGCUCCUCCAGAUAGGGCGGAGGAGGAGGCUGGAGCGCGGCGGUGAUUUUUGUGCCAGGGCUUCCCAGAGGCGCGCUGAAAAGGCUGGCGGGGCUCAAGAAGCUAGGGGGUUAGGGACACACAUUCAGGCCCCCACCCCCUGGGAGGGGAAGGGGGCUGGAGCAAGGCUGAGGGCUGCGGAGGGAUGGUGCCUGGUCGGGGGAAAGGGGCGAUCCCUGCCUGUCGGUGGUGAGGGGCUGCGGGCAGGGGAGGCUCCGCGGGUCGUAGGGGCUCCCUGCCCAUUGGUGGGUGGAACGUGUAGAGCGGAACGCAAGGUUGAGCCUGGCGGCCCCUCGGAAUCCUGAACGUGGUAUCUAACGUGGUGUUUCAUUUAGCCCACGUUGGGAUUAAUUCAUUGGGGGCAGUUUCUGUGGUCUGGCUCCUCCAGGAGCUGGGCAACCUUGACGGGCUUUUUGUCUUGUGCUCCAGCCCCUUUUCCCUUCCUCCUCCUCCAGAUGCCUUUUCUCUGCCACUCCUCGCCCGGUACAGACAUUUCCAGUGAAGGCUGCCGCUCGUGGUGGCCGUCGAAGCCACUUCUCGGGAUUUCGGCUGGUUUCCCUCUGGGGUGUUUUUUGAGGAGAAAGAGUUUUCCCCUCCUCCACGAUGGGUUUUUCCUCCCUUGCCAAAAUGGACUUUCAUUGAUUUCUACUUAAUUCUUCAACGUUUAGUGACCAAUUCCCUAGGCGUAUUUUUGUGGUAGUUCCUUUUUUCAAAUACAUAGUCUGUAAAAUGGAGAACGAGGUUUUUACUCCCCUUCUGGAGCAGUUCAUGACCAGCCCCUUGGUCACUUGGGUUAAAACGUUUGGACCUCUGGCUGCAGGAAAUGGGACCAACCUGGAUGAAUAUGUGGCUUUGGUGGAUGGGGUAUUCUUGAACCAGGUCAUGCUCCAAAUCGAUCCUUCUACCUCUCCUUCCAGAGUAAAUUUAUGGAUAAAUAAUGACAGCAACCACAGAAUUCACAAUNNNUCCAUUUUGGUGAAACAGAUAAAAUUUUAUUACCAGGAGACUUUGCAGCAAUUGAUCAUGAUGUCACUGCCAAAUGUCUUAAUCAUUGGCAAAAAUCCCUUCUCUGAACAAGGCACAGAAGAAGUUAAAAAGCUGCUUUUACUUUUACUGGGUUGUGCAGUUCAAUGUCAGAAAAAAGAAGAAUUUAUUGAAAGAAUUCAAGGUUUAGAUUUUGAUACAAAAGCAGCAGUUGCCGCACAUAUUCAAGAGGUAACCCAUAAUCAGGAAAAUGUGUUUGAUCUGCAGUGGAUGGAAGUGACUGAUAUGUCUCAGGAGGACAUAGAACCGCUCUUGAAAAAUAUGGCAUUGCAUCUAAAAAGACUUAUAGAUGAGAGAGAUGAACAUUCAGAGACUAUCAUAGAGCUCUCUGAAGAGCGGGAUGGUCUUCAUUUUCUGCCCCAUGCCUCUUCAUCCGCACAGUCACCCUGUGGUUCUCCAGGCAUGAAGCGAACAGAAAGUCGACAACAUCUGUCAGUGGAACUGGCAGAUGCUAAAGCCAAGAUAAGAAGGCUUAGGCAGGAACUAGAGGAAAAGACUGAACAGUUAUUAGACUGUAAACAAGAACUUGAGCAAAUGGAAAUGGAACUAAAAAGGCUGCAACAAGAGGAAUUAAAAGAAGACAAUCAAGUUUUAUUAGAGACAAAAACCAUGUUGGAAGACCAACUAGAAGGAACUCGAGCUCGUUCUGAUAAAUUACAUGAAUUAGAAAAAGAGAACUUACAACUGAAGGCUAAACUUCAUGAUAUGGAAAUGGAACGAGAUAUGGAUAGAAAAAAGAUUGAAGAAUUAAUGGAAGAAAAUAUGACUUUGGAAAUGGCACAGAAACAAAGUAUGGAUGAGUCGUUACAUCUUGGCUGGGAACUGGAACAGAUAUCCAAAACUAGUGAACUUUCUGAAGCACCACAGAAAUCCCUGGGCCAUGAGGUGAAUGAGUUGACAUCAAGUAAAUUAUUGAAGUUGGAGAUGGAAAACCAAAGUUUGACAAAAACUGUAGAAGAGCUUCGGAGUACUGUGGAUUCUGUAGAAGGCAAUACUUCCAAAAUCCUGAAAAUUGAAAAGGAAAAUCAAAGACUAAGUAAAAAGGUCGAAAUUCUUGAAAAUGAGAUUGUUCAAGAAAAGCAAAGUCUUCAGAAUUGUCAGAAUUUAAGCAAGGAUCUAAUGAAGGAGAAAGCUCAGCUUGAAAAAACAAUUGAAACACUUAGAGAAAAUUCAGAGAGACAGAUUAAAAUAUUGGAACAGGAAAAUGAACAUCUGAAUCAAACAGUAUCUUCCUUAAGGCAACGUUCUCAGAUAAGUGCUGAAGCAAGAGUAAAAGACAUUGAAAAAGAAAACAAAAUUCUUCAUGAGUCUAUCAAAGAAACAAGUAGCAAACUAAGCAAGAUUGAAUUUGAAAAAAGACAAAUUAGAAAAGAAUUGGAACAUUUUAAAGAAAAAGGAGAACGAGUAGAAGAACUUGAAAAUGAGUUGCAUCAUCUUGAAAAAGAAAAUGAAUUGUUACAGAAAAAGAUAACUAAUUUAAAAAUUACUUGUGAAAAAGUUGAAGCCCUAGAACAAGAAAAUUCAGAAUUAGAAAGAGAAAAUAGAAAAUUAAAAAAAACAUUGGAUAGCUUUAAAAACCUUACUUUUCAGCUAGAAUCCCUAGAAAAAGAGAAUUCCCAACUUGAUGAGGAAAAUUUAGAACUGCGAAGGAAUGUGGAAUCUUUGAAGUGUGCAAGCAUGAAAAUGGCUCAGCUACAACUAGAAAACAAAGAACUAGAAAGUGAAAAAGAGCAACUUAAGAAAGGUUUAGAGCUUAUGAAAGCAUCUUUCAAGAAAACAGAACGCUUAGAAGUUAGCUACCAGGGUUUAGAUACAGAAAAUCAAAGGCUACAGAAAGCUCUAGAGAACAGCAAUAAAAAAAUCCAGCAAUUAGAAUGUGAACUGCAAGACUUAGAGAUGGAAAAUCAAACAUUGCAGAAAAACUUAGAAGAAUUAAAAAUAUCUAGCAAAAGACUAGAACAGCUGGAAAAAGAAAAUAAAUCAUUAGAACAAGAGACUUCUCAACUGGAAAAGGAUAAGAAACAAUUGGAGAAGGAAAAUAAAAGACUCCGACAACAAGCAGAAAUUAAAGAUACCACAUUAGAAGAAAACAAUGUGAAGAUUGGAAAUUUGGAAAAAGAAAACAAAACCCUAUUCAAAGAAAUUGGUAUAUAUAAAGAAUCUUGUAUUCGUCUGAAAGAAUUAGAGAAAGAGAAUAAAGAGCUCGUGAAAAGAGCAACUAUUGAUAUAAAAACUUUGGUUACGUUGCGUGAGGAUUUGGUGAGUGAAAAAUUGAAGACUCAACAGAUGAACAAUGAUCUCGAAAAAUUAACUCAUGAGCUUGAGAAGAUAGGGUUAAAUAAAGAGCGACUAUUACAUGAUGAGCAAAGUACUGAUGACAGAUGGAAUGCUACACUGCAAGCAGAGAAGCAAGCAUUGAAAACUCAACUGAAGCAACUUGAGACACAGAACAAUAAUUUGCAGGCUCAGAUUCUUGCACUUCAGAGGCAGACAGUGUCAUUACAAGAACAGAAUACCACUCUUCAAACACAGAAUGCCAAGCUUCAGGUUGAAAAUUCCACCCUUAAUUCCCAAAGUACCUCCCUUAUGAACCAGAAUGCACAACUCCUAAUCCAGCAGUCUUCCUUAGAAAAUGAAAAUGAAUCUGUAAUCAAAGAGCGAGAAGAGCUAAAAUCUCUCUAUGAUUCUCUAAUCAAAGAUCAUGAAAAGCUGGAACUUCUUCAUGAACGGCAGGCUUCAGAGUAUGAAUCUCUUAUCUCUAAACAUGGAACUCUAAAGUCUGCCCACAAAAAUCUUGAGGCGGAACAUAAAGAUCUUGAAGACCGUUACAAUCAGUUACUAAAACAGAAAGGACAGUUGGAAGAUUUGGAAAAAAUGCUCAAAGUAGAACAGGAAAAAAUGCUGCUUGAAAAUAAAAACCAUGAGAUGGUAGCUGCAGAGUACAAGAAACUUUGUAUUGAAAAUGAUAGGUUGAAUCAUACAUAUAGUCAACUUUUAAAAGAGACUGAAGUUUUACAAACUGACCAUAAAAAUUUGAAAAGUCUUCUAAAUAAUUCCAAACUGGAACAAACAAGAUUAGAAGCUGAAUUUUCAAAGCUAAAGGAACAAUACCAACAGUUGGAUAUUACGUCGACCAAGCUGAAUAACCAGUGUGAGUUGCUAAGCCAACUUAAAGGAAAUUUAGAAGAAGAAAAUCGACAUCUACUAGAUCAAAUUCAGACAUUAAUGCUGCAGAACAGAACACUUUUGGAACAGAACAUGGAAAGCAAAGAUCUUUUUCAUGUUGAACAAAGACAGUACAUUGAUAAGUUAAAUGAAUUAAGGCGGCAGAAGGAGAAAUUAGAAGAGAAAAUUAUGGAUCAAUACAAAUUUUAUGACCCAUCUCCUCCUAGAAGGAGGGGCAACUGGAUUACUCUAAAAAUGAGAAAACUGAUAAAAUCUAAGAAAGAUAUUAAUCGGGAACGUCAGAAAUCUCUAACAUUAACACCUACCCGCUCAGACUCCAGUGAAGGAUUUCUUCAGCUUCCCCAUCAAGAUAGUCAAGAUAGUUCUUCAGUGGGUUCAAACUCUUUAGAAGAUGGCCAAACCUUGGGGACCAAGAAAAGCAGCAUGGUUGCACUGAAAAGACUGCCCUUUUUGAGGAACAGACCGAAGGAUAAAGACAAAAUGAAGGCCUGCUACCGUCGUUCCAUGUCCAUGAAUGACCUGGUGCAGUCCAUGGUCCUAGCAGGACAGUGGACAGGUAGUACUGAGAAUUUGGAGGUUCCUGAUGAUAUUUCAACGGGUAAAAGGAGAAAAGAAUUGGGAGCUAUGGCCUUCUCUACUACAGCCAUCAACUUUUCAACUGUCAACUCUUCUGCAGGCUUCAGAUCCAAGCAAUUGGUUAAUAAUAAAGAUACUACAUCCUUUGAAGACAUAAGUCCACAAGGUAUUAGUGAUGAUUCUAGUACGGGAUCAAGAGUUCAUGCUUCGAGACCAGCCAGCCUUGAUAGUGGCAGAACAUCCACUAGCAAUAGCAAUAAUAAUGCUUCACUCCAUGAAGUCAAAGCAGGUGCAGUUAAUAGCCAAAGUAGGCCACAAAGCCACAGCAGUGGAGAAUUUAGCCUGCUUCAUGAUCAUGAGGUUUGGUCCAGCAGUGGUAGCAGUCCAAUCCAGUACUGGAAAAGACAAACCAGAUCAAGUCCAGUGCUCCAGCACAAAAUGCCUGAAAUGUCAGAGAGUCGAGCACAUCACAAGAUCAAAACUGGUUCCCCCGGAAGUGAAAUUGUCACUCUGCAACAGUUUUUGGAAGAAAGCAACAAGCUUACUUCAAUACAGAUAAAGUCAUCAAGUCAAGAGAAUCUUUUAGAUGAAGUAAUGAAAAGUUUGUCUGUCUCUUCUGACUUUUUGGGAAAAGACAAACCAGUUAGCUGUGGUCUGGCCAGGUCAGUAAGUGGAAAAACUCCCGGCGACUUCUAUGAUAGACGGACAACUAAGCCUGAGUUUGUGAGACCUGGUCCUCGAAAGACUGAAGAAAGCUACUUCAUUAGUUCUGCAGGAAAACCUACACCAGGCACUCAAGGAAAGAUAAAAUUGGUAAAAGAAACUUCUCUGUCACGACAAUCAAAAGAUAGUAACCCUUAUGCCACUUUACCUCGUGCAAGCAGUGUGAUCUCUACUGCUGAAGGAACUACACGAAGGACAAGCAUCCAUGAUUUUUUGACUAAGGACAGUAGACUGCCUGUAUCAGUUGAUUCACCACCAGCUGCUGCUGAUAGCAACACCACUGCAGCAUCUAAUGUGGACAAAGUACAAGAAAGCAGAAAUUCAAAAAACAGGUCAAGGGAGCAACAAAGCUCCUAAUUCUAUUACCCCACUACAUGACAUGUGGGCCAAGUGAGAGAAAAGUGUCCUUCAGUUUCUCAAUGUGAAGCCUUUAUUUCUGAAGUAACAAGACACCUAGCAACUAUAGGAAUCAUUUUAAAAAAUCUUUAAGGAGACUUUUAACAAUCCUUCGUGAAUAGAGCAGGCAAGAAAUACAAACCUUCAUUUCUUCCUUGAAUCAAGGAGCACUACUGGAUUCAACUGCCAAAAUUUUU